AUGCUCCAGCUUAAGGCAAGAAUCUCUGAGCUGGUGCUUGCAAAAGCCAACAAAGUUUCACUGAUCUCGAUCAAACACAUGGUCUACCAGAACUUCGAAGAGAACAUUACUGCAAAGUUUCACCUUACCAUCAUCAAUUAUCUGCUCAAGAGGUUCUGUUGUCCUAGUGACGUCAGCUCAAAGAGUGAGCUGGAGCUUCUGCUCCAUGCUUGGGAAUCAGGUGUGACAUACUGA